AUGUCUAUUACCGGAGAGGCGACCGGAGAGAGUAUUUGGAUUAAAGGAGCCGUCGCUUGUAAAGAUCAUUGGCAGGUGUCUUCUACUUGGGAUUUCAAGGAGGCAGGCCCUGGAUUCGUACAAAUCUGCGGGAACGGUGAUCCGGGCCAGGGUGUGGAAAGGAUGAUGAGGCAGGAGGAAAAUGACACCCCCGAAGACUCCGGCAUAACCGUUGAAGACAUUGAUGCUGCCGUAAAUCAUAUUGCGUCGAGAUGUCGGUUCUCUGGCCCGGAUGUGAGGCGACGGCGAACCGCUGCCGGCGUGGAUGAAGUUCUUGGACCAAUUUUACGACACCUGACAAGCCGUGAGGCGAAAUGGCUUGUAAGGAUUAUUUUGAAAGAUCUCAGUCCUUUAACCUUACCGGCUCGUUUGAUCCUUCAAAAUUUCCAUUUCCUUCUUCCCGAGCUGCUGCUACUGCAGGAUUCUCUGGGGGCAGCUGUGGCGUUAUUGAGCCGUGAUCCUAUGAAGCGAUUUCCAUGGCGUCCAGAUCCUGACUAUGCUAGGCUUCUGGCUUCCUUUGCUUUUUCUCGUAUAUCUCUUGACGUUGGAGUAAAAGUUGGAAGGCCAACGUUUUAUAAAGCCAGGGGCAUCAAGCAUUGUUGUAAAAUGGCGGGAAAACGCACCAUGAGCGUCGAGCGGAAAUAUGAUGGAGAAUACUGCCAGAUACAUGUUGACCUUUCCAAAGGCUCGGGCUGUAUACAGAUCUUUUCGAAAAGUGGCAAAAACUCAACUACGGACAGAGUUGGCAUUCAUUCUACCGUGAAAGAGUGCCUAAGAAUUGGAAAAGUUGGCUGUAAAAUAUCAAGGAAUUGCAUUUUAGAAGGAGAACUUCUUGUCUGGAGUGACGUGGAAUCAAAGAUAUUGCCAUUUCAUAAACUCCGGAAGCAUGUCAUUAGGUCGGGCUCCUUCAUUGGAACUGAAAAUGACUCACCAGAACGCAGGGCCUUACUGAAGGAAAUUUCCCACCCUAUUGACGGGCGUGCUGGGAUUGCGGAACAGGAGUAUAUCAAUUUCUCGUUGCCAGAGAGUCAGGAGACGUUAACCACAGCCUUUGCUACGGCCAUAUCACAACGUUGGGAAGGACUCGUUCUGAAAGCCAGCGAUGAACCUUACUUCAUGAUCGAACAGCAAGAGCACUCCAACUUUGGGCAUUGGAUUAAAUUGAAAAAGGACUAUAUUGCAGGGAUUGGGGAUACCGCAGAUUUCGCGCUGAUAGGAGCGAGAUAUGACGCUCGUGAAGCUGCAAAACUCCAGAGUAUCAAGGGUGUUAAGUGGACGUCAUUCUUCGUGGGAUGCCGUGAUACCGGUUCAAAAUGUCCCUACGAUGCGCGGCCUAUAUUUCGUGUCGUGGACGUCCUCAAUCGACAUAAUGUGAACAUUCAACUUCUACGAACACUCAAUCAAUAUGGCCGCUUCUGCAGCUGUGAUGUGGAUGAUGAUGUCCCUUUUAUCAUAAAAACAGAUCAGAUACAACUCCCCAAAGUACAAGUUCUGUUCAAAACCCCCUUCGUGGUUGAAAUGGUUGGCAGUGGCUUUGAGAAGCCGGCAGGAGCGAACUAUUUCACAUUGCGCUUUCCCCGUGUUCUCAAAAUCCAUAUGGACCGGGAUGUUGAAGAUGCUACAACACUAGAAGAGCUGCAAGUGCUGGCUGAAGCAGCCAACUCUGUCCCUAGGGAUGAAUUAUCGCAGAACGCCGCCUGGUGGGCAGAGAGACUAGACGCGGUAGAUGGAGAGCGGGGUUAUAUCAUUGAUACGUCGGAACAUUCGCCUAUUUCUGUGACUUCUAUUAGCCAGCCAACUAACUUAGGAAAUGUGCCCUCCGAUACACCCUUAGGGAGGCAUUUGGUUGCCAAUAAGCAGAAGGUGGUAGCUUCAAUGGGCAAGCGAAGGGAGAUUGACGUUUCCCCAAAAGACUCCAGAAAAAUGAGCAGGAAACAACCCAAAAUAGCGAGAUCGCUCUCACCGUGUAUCGCAAUACACUCAGAUCAUACCCAAACCACAGCAAACACUCACUUGUCUCGCUCACAAGAUAGCCUAGGGGAUCGUCACCUAGCAAACAUUAGCAACUUAUCCCAACCCAAUCCGAUUCCAACUUAUGCCAGUGUCGGUGGCUGUGAGGACGCAGUCGCUACAGCAAGGCUUGGCAACAAAAUAGAAUGCUCAACGACUCUCAGGAAGCUCGACGAGGAUAGGUUAUACUGUUCCCCUCAACCGAACCAGCAAAAAGGCGCAGGCCAAAAUCCUUACCAAGAGCAACAGUGUUUCGCGCAACUGGAGCUUGGUUUGGCGGGUAGUAGCCUAUCCGUCGGGCCGCUUGAUACAUUGUCAUUUCUCUCCGAAACUCCCAUCCUACUAGGAACCGGAGUGUCUCGCGAUAAAGUGGAUUCCAUCCCCUUGGAUCCCAAACUCUUGUCAACCUCGAUCACGGAGUUCCUGGAAAAGUUGCUGGAUCCUAACUUCGCAGGCAAAUCACACUUCCAUCACUGCAAUCCAGACACGGCACAAAAAUUUCCCAAAUGUAGUGGCAUUGUCCUCGUUGAAUCCAAUACCACCAAGGCAUCACAAGCAGCAUGUGACAUUGCUCGAAUUGGUAACGCACUUGCUGCCAAUCAGCGAACCGGCCGCUUAUCAUCGAAAAGGGGGAAAUUGAUUUUCCUCCGCUGCGAAGCGAUGUUACAGCACGGUCUAUUUGAAAGAAAUCAAGCAGGUCAUCCCGAAAAUAUUAGAGAACGUUGGGAGAGCUAUGGGAAGCAGUUAUUUGCUGGGUCUUUGGAAUGGGGAUAUGGUGUUUCACGGAAGCGGAAGAGAAGGAAAUUCGACUUCAAAAUUAAGUUGGGAUUGGAAAGAGGUAUUAUCAUUGGUAUAGUGCCAGGUACUUGGGCAUUAUUUUGGCACAAUACGCUUAUCCUACUCCCUUCCUCCUGGAGCUUGAUAUUCGCCGUUGAUAUCGUCCUAUGUUGA